AUGGAUGAUGAAGGUUAUGAUUCGAUGAGACGAUCAACAGCAGCUACCGAUCUGUUAUCAUUAACACUCGGUGGUGAUUCACGGUCAUCAUUUGAUACUGAAUUAAAAUCUGAAACAAGCAGUGUUGAUUCAUGUAUUCUGAUGAAAAUGCCUUCGUCAACAUCAGGAUUGUCACCCAACGUAACACCAGUACAACCUUUACGUUGGAUUAACAUUUCACGUCAUUCACCAUCAUUUAGCGUGAAAAUGGUUGACAGUACUGGUAGCCCAACAAGGCAAACAAUUGAUCAAAGGAAACAUACGGUAACUGAGCAGCAAGGGGCGACUGUUUAUGAAUCGUUUCCGAACUGUCUCAAUGGCAAUACAAGUAAUUCACAUGAACCUACCACAAUUCAAAGACUCAGUACAGCAAUAUCAUCAUCAUCAUCAUCAUCAUCAUUACCAAAUAUUAUAUACGAUCAGCCAUCAACAAGUUACAAUUAUGGUACAGCAACGAAUAUUACUACAAAUCUGGUUACGGAAUCAAACCAACAACUAAGUACCAAUAAUAAUAGUGAAAGAAUUUCGAAAAAUGAACCAAUACCAAUUUAUGUACGACCAAGUGAAUUAUGUUUUGAUGACAUAGCUGAUAGUGGUGAAAUAUUGAGUGAAUUCUUCAUCCCAUCAUCAACAUCCAGUUUUCAACAAUCAAAAUCCCCAACGACAAAUGAUACCACUUUGACUACUCCG